UUAUUUUGUCAUUUGCCUGAAAUUUCAACUAAAUAAACAUACAUACAUACUGACUGGUCGUAUAUACGUCCGUCCAAAGUGAUCUUCGUUGCACCGCAUUUGUAUUGUUCUGUUGUUAUUCUGCGUUUGUGUGUGCAAAUUCUGUAUUUUGUAACACUUAAUAUAAUAAAACUCGUAUAUUGCACGCGCAGUUUGUUAACUAAAAUACCAAUAAACAGAUGUUAAAAAAUGUCACGGUUUAUUAUACGAAACCUGAUACUGUACGAGAGAUGGGCCGACAUCCAACUUCAGAAUAAGUGCGGCACGCACCACGAACAUCCGCACUAGGAGAAGCACGCGCGCAACGCCGAUGUCAUUAAUAGUGAAAUUCCACUGUAUUAAAUUACCAUUUAUUUUAAACGAGCGAUUCAAACGACCUGUGACACGUUUAACUGAAACUCCUCGAGCGCGCGCGCGCGCGACGAAAGUGCUGCUCCCAAACCGGCGAGAUUUUCCCGCUACGGCUCUGAUGACGUGCGCUCGUGGGGACAACAAACAGUAGUUUGAGUAAAGGCAGCGAAAGAGAGAGAAAUUCAGGUUUUGUACGCCUUACAGGUAUCCUUCGCGGCGCCGACUGUACUAUGCGACGAAUUUCGUUUAUAUCCAGUUACGUUUAAAAAUAAAUCUGUUUUAAUUGGGGGGGAGCCAUUUACGCCUGAGUGUUUAAAGCCAUUUGUAAGGAAUACUCUUGUCAGCCUCUAGCUUUUAGCAGGAUAGGAAACGAUGCCGUGAUGCCAAUGACGCCUGCGUUUUUCCCUGCCUAGCCGAAAGAUGCGAUGCGACACGUUUUAACUGAUCGGCGGAGAAGGGGGGGGGGGACGUGUACCUUUUGAAUCGCCUCUUGCUCUGUAGACAGAAUGUGGGUACCGACCAAAAGAGCCCGUUUAGCCCGUAAAACGAGGAUGAAUGGCCUAACUGGGUAGGUGUCAUGUAAGCGGCGGUUCGUGGGACCCGAGGCUCAUCACACAUUUUCUGGAGAAGGACACGAAUUAGAAAGAAACGGAUUUCGCUCAUAUAAGUUAAAAUAAAAGGAAGAUGAGGGGAAGCAGAGUAUGAAGAGCCGGGCACUGACUUUUUCAGGAGGACCCUCGAGGAACGCGAAUUACCUGCCGGGCGACAAACUGCCUCGCUAAUAGCUUCGAGAGAGAAAGCACAUACAAAAAAACAUGAUACCUGCCUGAGGCCGUCCCUCUGCACAUCGACUGUGAUUAAUUGUUCAGUAUAGUUUUAUUUUAACCGAUUGGUCACGCAGGUAAAUCAAAUCCGUUUAUUAACGUUAACAAGAAUUACUUGGCCGGUCGGGUUGAACGUUUGCUCGGACAGCCUCGCCUUUCGCCGACUUGCAGCCAAAUCGCGAUUUGACAGGAAAUUUUCCCCGGUGUUUCGGUCUCCCUCUCAUGUAUAUUGGGAUUUAUACGCUUUAAGAUGUUUUGCAAGCCAUGGUUGGCGUAGUAACGACCGCCAUUGAGGUCUGUCUUCGGUUAUAGAGUCAUAUAAAUGUGAAACUGGCUUGGCGAUUGCUAUGUAAAUUUCCAACGGUACCCCUGAAGGCCAGUGUUUACAAAAGUUUCGAGUCGUUGAUAUCAGAAUACUAGCAAAGCACUCAAAUAGCUUUAAAUGCCUCCGCGUGUAAACGGGGUUAUUAUAAUUGGAUUGGCAGCCACAUUUAUCGGGACUUCCAUUGAAAGAAAGGGUAAAACCACGUCCACUUUCCCCAGAUAUUGACAGUUAGAUUCAUUAGUUUGAAUAGGAAUAUAUAGUAACUACCGAAGUGGAAGACAAGGCAAGAACACCCUUGUCUGCUCUUUUUGAGCUAGAAAUGAUGAACAGCCAAGAAGUCCUAGAUUUUUGCAGUGCCAAAUCAAGUGAAAUAGAAGACAUUAUAACCUGGAAGGACAUUCAAGUCAUGGAAGAAGAGGUGUCAAACCAAGGAAUUGGGACCGCGGCUGUGGACAGCGCAGGGCCAUGUGGGUUGAAUGACGGUCACCUUGGUUGUGAGAAAGACCAAAGGACAGAAGAGGUAACAGGGAAUGGGAAAAGUACCAUUCCCAGUGUGUCUUACGUCUCCUACUUGGAUAUCUCUGAUCCAUGCCAAGAAGCAAGCAGAUGUGAUUCUAUAGUAGCUGAUCCAAAUGCUGAUUUUGGAGAUAUGGACAUUGGUGUGGAUUUAACUCUUAAUGAAAGCGGCGUGCUGGAGCCAGAGUCUCCUUGCCAGGAAGGUGAGCUGGUGGUUCAGGAAGGUAUCCAGGAUGUAUCCGUUCUAGCUGCUAAGCCUGUGGAUAUGUGCACUGCUGCAAAAGAACCCAGGAGGGCCCUGGAUAAAGAGGGAGGCCGUUUGCCUUCUGAACCCCUUGCAGUAGAGACAACCCCUGCACUCUCAACGGCAGAAGACAAUGAGAGACACAAGCAUGGGGGCAAAAGGGUGACUUUCCCUUCAGAUGAAGACAUUGUUUCUGGAGCUGUGGAGCCAAAAGACCCUUGGAGACAUGCCCAGAAUGUGACGGUGGAUGAGAUCAUCUCUGCCUAUAGACAGGCCUGUCAGAAGCUGAACUGUAAGCCCAUCCCUACGGUGCUCAAACAGAUACAGGAGCUCAAAGAUUUGACUCAGAGGAAUGACUGCUUGGACCUCAAAGGUGAGAAGCUGGACUACAAGGCUUGUGAGUCCCUGGAGGAGAUUUUCAAGAGGGUGCAGUUCAAGCUAGUGGUCCUACAGCAGACCAACCUGGAUGAAGAUGGUGCCUCGGCUCUGUUUGACAUGAUCGAAUACUACGAGUCGGCCACCCACCUCAACAUUUCCUCCAACAAGCACAUCGGCACGCGGGGCUGGCAGGCUGCUGCUCACAUGAUGAGAAAGACGAGUUCCCUGCAGUACCUGGAUGCCCGCGACAUGCCGCUGCUGGACCAUUCGGCACCAUUUGUGGCCCGGGCACUGCGCAUCAGCGGCAGCCUGGCGGUUCUGCACCUGGAGAAUGCCGGCCUGUCCGGGCGGCCUCUCAUGCUGCUGGCCACAGCCCUGAAGAUGAACAUGAACCUCCGUGAGCUCUACCUGGCAGACAACAAGCUCAAUGGCCUGCAGGACUCCGCUCAGCUGGGCAACCUGCUCAAGUUCAACUACAACAUCCAAGUGCUAGACCUGCGCAACAACAACAUAACGGACUCCGGUCUGGCAUACUUGUGCGAUGGACUUAAAGAACAAAGGAAGGGCCUGGUCACGCUGGUGCUGUGGAACAACCAGCUGACGCACAAUGGCAUGGGCUACCUGGCGGCCGCCCUGUGUAGCGGCCGCUAG